CAGGCUCUGGGGCUUCCCAGGAGUUCUCAUCAGCCUUGGCCCAUAGCACAGGAAAGACACUCCCCCAGCUUCUCUGAACAUUUCGAGCUCUGGGGUUUUGGUGGGGCGAUUCAGGACCACCGAAAAGCCAUUCCAAGCAACGGCUGUCUGCUCCUAGGAAUACCUUAGCCCUCUUCUAGACAGGAACAGCAUUUCUAAAUAGGCCUUUUCCAUUUCUUUGUCCCUUUCCAUAUCUUUGGCGGUUGCUGCUAACUGAUUAUGGUCACAAGUCUUGGAUCAGGGUUCUGGUUCUGAAAACUGAACUCUAAUCAUGCUCUGUAAUCUCCUAAAUUUACAGGUCGGCAUCUAUGAAGUAGCAGAAAAAUACCCUCGUAAACUGGAUUCUGUAUGCAGUGUCAGCAUUAACUACAAAAUACAGUUUUUCUGCCCUAGCCCUGUGUGAUCCAGAAACAGAAACUUCAAAAAGGACAAACUAGAUUUAAUUAGAAAUGUUAAAGCUAACAAAAAAAGGGUUACCUAGAUUUGAACAAGUUCAAGAUGAAGAAACCUUCCUGGAAAAUUUAGCAGUGCAAAGAAAUGCCUCUGCUUUCUUUGAAAAAUACGAUCGCAGUGAAGUGCAAGAAUUAUUAGCAACAGCUCUAGUCAGCUGGUUGUCUGCCAAGGAUGAUGUUCGUUCUCAAGUAGAUAUCCCGUGUGGACUCAUGAAUCAAAUAAAUAAUGUAGGCUUCUCCACUGCUAUCCUGUUGACUCCUGUGGACCCUACUGCCCAAUUAGACUACAGGGAAGUUCAUCAGAUCUUACGGGAGUUAGCUGUUGGAAUUUAUUGCUUAAAUCAAAUCCCUUCAAUCAGUUUAGAAGCUAAUUAUGAUCAGAGUUCUUCUUGUCAAUUACCUCCAGCUUAUUAUGAUACCAGAAUUGGACAAAUUUUGAUCCAUAUUGACUAUAUGCUAAAAGCAUUGUGGCAUGGAAUCUACAUGCCCAAAGAGAAAAGAACUCGUUUCUCUGAACUGUGGCGCACAAUCCUGGACAUUGAUCCAGAUGGGAAGCCUCAAACAAUGAAAGAUAUAUUUUCUGAGUUUAAUUCAGCAGGUUUAGUAGAUAUUACAAAUGAUCCAGACUUUAGUGGAAUCUAUGAUGAAGACAUGAAUGAAGAUCCAACAUAUGAUCCCAAUAGCCCUGAAGAAAAGGCUGAAUUUAUGAAAUAUGCUGAGAAUAUUAUGCUAAAGAUGACAUUCAGUACCACACAAAUUCAACAGCAUGAAAACGUCUUUAUUUUUGAGACAUCUUAUUGGCUUACUAAUGCUAUAAAGUGCAAUCAGGAUUAUCUUGAUAUUUGCACUUAUCAGAGACUACAACAAAGACUGUAUCUUCAGAAAAAAGUUAUUCAAAAACACUUUGAGAAAAAAAAAGAAAUCAGAAGAGGAAUAGGCUAUCUGAAGUUAAUAUGUUUUCUGAUUCCAUUUUUACUCGGUUUAAAAAAGAAGAUGAAAGUUCCAUAUUUAAAUAGUCUCCUUCCACCUUUUUCCGAUGACAAGGUCAAGACAGAGAGAGAACUGCCUCCGUUUAUUUAUGGACGAGAUUUUAAAUGCCAGAAUUUUGACUACAAAGAAAAUCAAUAUUUUCAUGUUCACGGAGGGAUUGAAUUUGAUAUCAGCACGAAUCCAGUUGAGAGUGCUUUGGAUGACUUUAAGGAAAAUAUUGAAAAAAUACGAGAGUGUGCUGCUAAUACCUUUGCAGAAGAUUCGGGAUACAAAGAAUUUUACUCAGUACCGGUUAUGGAGUUUUAUGGAAAGAGCUACUAUGUGAUCUAUUUUGACCUUGGAAAUUUCUACCAGCAAUUAUAUAAAACUCAAUGGUGGGGCGCCAUUAAUGAAAUCGUGAACAAUCUGAGAACGAAAAGGCUUCCAUUGACUGAAGCUCAAUUACAUGAGCAAUUUAAAAAAAAAUUUGGUUUCAAAAAAGCCAUGAAAUGCAAGAGUAUCCCAUUUGGUUUGAAGUCGGCCGUUGAACGCGGCUUGUCUGCUGUUUUCCACACAUUUAGCCGUAAAACCUCAAGCUCAACAAUCAAUGUUUCUGAUGAAGCAGGCUAUGCCAUUUUCCAUCAUGCUGCCCUGCACAAUCGGGUCUCUAUCAUAUGCCAGCUGUGUAACGCCAACUUCAACGUCAACCAGAGGCGCUUCAUCAUGUUCAGCCAAGAGUCAUCCAAAGUGGAUGUGAAAAAAGAAAGAAACGGUCCAACGCCUCUACACCUGGCAGCGCAAGCGUGCUCUCUGGAAGCAACCGUCUGUCUACUGUGUUUCAAAGCUGACUACACACUUACUGAGAAGAGAGGCUGGAUGCCUAUCCACUUCGCUGCAUUCUAUGACAACAUCUGCAUCAUCAUUGCGCUCUGCAGGAAGGACCCUAGUUUGGUGGAGGCCGAGGCAACAGCUGAGAAUCAGUGUACUCCGCUCUUACUUGCUGCCACUUCAGGAGCACUGGACACGAUUCAGUACCUGUUUUCUCUGGGCGCUAACUGGAGAAAAACAGAUACAAAAGGAAAUAAUAUCAUUCAUUUGUCAGUGCUUACUUUUCAUACAGAAGUACUGAAGUAUAUAAUAGAGCAGAAUAUCCCUGAACUUGCAGUUUGGGAAACUUUGGUAGAAAUGUUGCAGUGUGAAAGCUUCAAGCGAAGGAUGAUGGCUGUCAUGUCUUUAGAAGUAAUUUGCUUAGCAAAGGAGCAUUACUGGAAAUGUAUUUUGGAUGCAGGCACCAUUCCUGCCUUAGUCAACCUGUUAAAAUCUCCCAAACUAAAACUGCAGUGUAAGACUGUUGGGUUAUUGUGUAAUAUUUCUACGCAUGAAAGUGUAGUACAUGCUAUGGUGGAGGCAGAAGGCAUUCCUGCUUUGAUUGACCUGCUGAGUUCUGAAGAACCUGAACUACAUUCUCGCUGUGCUGUCAUUCUAUAUGAUAUUGCUAAGUGUGAAAACAAAGAUGUUAUUGCCAAAUACAAUGGAAUUCCAGCUCUGAUAAAUCUGUUGAACCUAGACAUAGAAAGUGUUCUGGUGAAUGUAAUGAAUUGUAUCAGGGUGCUAUGUAUGGGAAACGAAAACAACCAACGAGCAAUGAGAGACCAUAAUGGCAUCAAGUACCUCAUUCAGUUUCUCAGUUCUGAUUCUGAUAUACUGAAGGCAGUGUCCUCAGCUACAAUUGCCGAGGUCGGUCGCAAUAAUAAGGAGGUGCAAGAUGCUAUAGCAAGGGAGGGGGCAAUACCUCCCCUGGUAGAUCUUUUUAAAGGGAAGCACCUCAGUGUCCAAGUGAAAGGUGCAAUGGCUGUUGAGUCAUUGGCAAGUUACAAUCCUUCAAUCCAGAGGGCAUUUCUGGAAAGAAACUUAACUAAAGACCUCCUAAAACUUCUGAAGGCCUUUCAAUUAGAUGUUAAGGAACAAGGAGCCGUAGCACUUUGGGCCUUGGCAGGACAAACACUGAAACAACAAAAAUAUAUGGCAGAACAAAUUGGAUACAACUUCAUAAUCAACAUGCUUUUGUCGCCGUCAGCUAAGAUGCAGUAUGUGGGAGGUGAAGCAGUCAUAGCUCUGAGUAAGGACAGCAGGAUACAUCAGAAUCAAAUAUGUGAAGGUAAUGGCAUCGCACCGCUGGUUCGCCUGCUGAAAAUUAACAAGAUAGCAGAAGGCACACUCCUGAGUGUCAUCAGAGCAGUGGGGUCCAUUUGUGUUGGUGUGGCCCACACGAGCAAUCCCUUGAGUCAACAGUUUGUUGUGGAGGAAAAUGCCUUGCCAGUGCUUAUUCAGCUACUAAGAAGUCACCCUUCACUUAACAUUAAGGUUGAAGUCGCAUUUUCGUUGGCGUGCAUUGUCUUAGGGAAUAAUUUUAUACAGGAAGAAUUACAAGAAAAAGAAGGAUUCGAGUAUUCUGAUGUUCUUUUUCUUCUUCACUCAAAAGAUAAGGAAAUUUGCUUGCGAGCAGGUUAUGCACUAACUCUUUUUGCCUUCAAUAAUCGUUUUCAACAGUACUUAAUAUUGGAAACUGGAAUGAUAACUUUAUCUAUUUUUGAGCCUUUUCUUCAAUCCAAAGUUGAAACGGAGAAAGCAAUGGCAGCAUUUCAGAUUAUCGUAUUAGCUAAAGUCAUUAUAGACACGGACCAUAUUACUUUGACUGCAAGAGGUGUUACUAUUUUAGUUAACAGUCUAUAUUCAGUCCACAUUCCUACUAUUGUCCUGACAGGCAAUUUAAUAGCUAGUCUGUGUCACCUGAGAACUGGUAUUCCAGAAGCUUUUCUCACACUAGGAACAAUCCAACGGCUAUGCUACCACUUGUACUCAAAAAGAGAAGAGGUUCGAACAGCAUGUUCCUGUGCUCUUGGCUACUUAACUUACAAUGCACAUGCUUUCCGCAUCCUGUUAACCGAGUGCAGGAAUAAGCCUAACCAGUUCCUGCGAAUAAAAAAUAACAUCAGCAAAGAUGCGAAGAUUAACCCUGAGUUCCUGAGGGAGUUUCAAAUGCAGAAACGUGUGGGUCUGCCAGCCCUAAGCUUGGAGAAGAAUGGAGGACCAUCUGUAAUUCCUGCCUUUAAAAAAGGAAAAGAGCAUAGAAGAAAAGCAAGACCUAAAAUCCAACCAAAAGAUUCUCUGACUUUAAUACCUCCUGUAAGUAAUUUCAUGGGGCGCUUCAGAACAGCAAAGAAGGUCAAUGUUUCCCAUAACAUCUUCUCCUUCUCAACUGGAAUUUCAACAGAUAUCAUAAAUGUAUCAAGACCAAGAAUAGUGUUUUUGAACAAGCUUGGGAAACAUGAACACAAAGCCAACCCAGAGGCCCCAGAAAGCUAAGAAGUAAUUAAAAAUAAAAAAGCAUUUUAAAAUUUUGAUGUGGUCUUUCUGAAAA